AUGUACAGCUUUUAUGGCUCGUGGUGUCAGGUGGAGUUCCUGAAGAGCAACUGGGACCUGUGCUGGUGCGACCCGCGGCACGUGGAGACCGCCAUGGCGGCUCUGGACCCGGUCCGCAGGGACGACGGGCGGCGCGUGUGCCACUUCCGCAACCACUACGAGCUCACUCGCAAGAACCUGCUCUCCAGGAACCUCUCCAGGCUCAGGCGCCGAUACGUACGAGAAGGCGGUGAAGAGAAGGCUUCUCUGUGCGACAUCAUGCCACUCACGUUUGAGCUGCCAGGUGACUACAAGAUGUUCACAGAGCACCACCGCAAGAACCCAGAAGAUAUCUGGAUCGUCAAACCGGUCACCGGCAGCCAGGGGCGUGGUAUUUUCCUCUUCAAGAGGCUGCAGCAGCUGCGGGAGUGGCUGCGGAACCGCGAGCCGGCGGAGGAAGACGGCGACAGCGGGGAGCAGUCGCGCGGCGGCACUACGCACAUCGUGCAGCGCUACGUGCACCGGCCCUCCCUCGUCGCCGGCCGCAAGUUCGACCUGCGCAUCUACGUGCUCGUCACCUCCUUCUGCCCGCUGAAGGUGUGGGUGGCUCGCGAGGGCUUCGCGCGGGUGUGCACGCACCAGUUCUCGCUGGAGCACCUGGACGACAAGCUGGGGCACCUCACCAACACCACGCUGCGCCUGCGCAACGACCCCAGCGACACGUUCGGUAGCAAGUGGCCGCUGAUGGACCUGCGGCAGUGGGUGGAGUUCAACCACGGGAAGCUGGCCAUCAUGGGGCUGGUGCACGACGCGGGCCGCCUCGUGCUGACUGCGCUCACCGCUGCGCAGACCGCCGUCUCGCAAGACCCCCACUGCUUCGAGCUCUACGGCUUCGACAUCCUCAUAGACGCCGAUCUGCGCCUGUGGCUGCUGGAGGUGAAUGCUUCUCCAUCGCUUGCUCCAAGUGAUGCUGAUGACCAGCGACUCAAGCAUGACCUUCUCCAAGAUGUAUUUAACAUUCUGGACUUUGAAGGAAAAUUAACAGGAAAAGAACGAAGAGUUGGUGGCUUUGACUUGCUAUGUAAUGGAGAGCCACUUUGGGCUCCAGUUCCAGGUGGUAGACAAGUUGACACAAGAUAUUUAAACCUUUACCUGGGGUGUGAGAAUAAUCGCCAGAAGCAGCUGUUGGAGAUAUGGUCAAAAGCAGCUAAGACAAGGUCUACUGCAGUUAAAUAGAUGAAUUUCUGAAUGUGGUUGAAGUUGUCAUUUCUACUGUC